AUGGCCGGUGGAAUUCCAAUUUCUACUACACCUCUUUCAACGGGUUUCCUCCGUGGAAGAGCUCUCAUUUUUCCACUCUCCCUCGUCAUUUCUCUAUUCUUCCUAUGGGGUUUCUCCUAUGGUUUACUCGAUGUUCUCAACAAGCAUUUCCAAACAGUCCUUGACAUCACCAAGCUUCAAUCUACCGGUCUUCAAGUCGUUUACUUCGGUGGCGGUUAUCUUCUCUUCUCUCCUAUUGCCGCCGAAGUCAUGAAGCGCAAGGGUUAUAAGAUUACUAUCUUGAUGGGUCUCUCACUUUACUCUCUUGGUGCCAUUAUGUUUUGGCCAACUGCUCAUUUCUCUACAUACGAAAAUAGAAUUGCCUCAUUUGGUGGCUUCUGUGCUUGUACAUUGGUCAUCGCAUGUGGACUUGCUACUCUCGAAACUGCCGCUAAUUCCUAUGCCGUUGUUAUCGGUGACCCAGCAUCCGCAUCAGCUCGUCUUCAAUUUUGUCAGUCAUGGAACGGAGUUGCUUCAUUCAUCGGUCCAUUGAUUGCCGGAAAAUACUUCUUCUCGGGUGAAAAUGCUCACAACUUAACCAAUGUUCAAUUCGUCUAUCUGGCAGUUGCAUGCGCUGGUGCCGCUAUCGCCGUUCUCUUCCUUGUCGCCAAACUUCCUGAAGUUUCCGAAGAAAUGCUCGAAUCUAGCACCGUCAAGACGGAGAACUUGGCCCUCGAUGAGUUUGGACAUGAAAUCGGCCAAGGACCAAUCUAUAAGCAAUACAACAUGAUCUUCGCCUUCAUUGCUCAAUUCUGCUAUGUUGGUGCUCAAGUCACUGUUGCAUCAUUCUUCAUCAACUACGCUACCGAGAAUGCAUCUUACUCUUCCUCCCAGGCUUCUAACAUGCUGUCCUACGCUUUGAUCACUUUCACCGUUGGUCGAUUCAUCGCCACUGCUCUCGCAACCGUUUUCCAAGCUGAUUUCCUCAUGAUCAUCUACUCUGUCUUUGCAAUCGCUUUCACAGCCGUUGUAGCUGCGUGGCACGGAAAUGGCGCUGUAGUUAUCCUCAUCCUUCUCUUCUUCUUCGAGGCUCCUAUGUAUCCUACUCUCUUCACCAUGGGUACUGCCAACCUCGGUCGUCAUACUCGUCGUGGUGCAGGUAUCCUCGUUAUGGGUGUAUCUGGUGGAGCCGUCUUCCCUCCUAUUCAAGGUGCCAUUGCCGAUUCUGUGGGUACUAGAAUCUCAUAUGUGGUUCCAUUGGUUGGAUUCAUUUAUGUAUUGGGAUACGUUACUUUCCAUUGGAUUAGACACGGAAGACAUAUCAUGAGAGUCAAGGAUGUCGUUUCAGCUGAGUUUGUAGGUGGUGCUGCAGGUGGUGUGGUUGAAAAGGUUCAUUAUGAUGGAGAUAAAGUAAUGAGUGUUGAGCAAAAGGAAACCAUCUAA